AUGAUUAAAAGUAGUCUAGAUAUCGAGGAAGUAAUAUAAGGCAAUACCUAAGAAUAAGUGAAAAGUUCAAGUGGUUUUAGAAAAUCAAACAAAAUUUAAAAAUAAGCUAAACUCAACACUAUAAACCUAAAUGAAAUAAAGGUUGAACAAGGCAUUAAUUUAAGUAAUACUUAGAAGGAACCACCUAGGCAAAAGAAAAUAUUAGAAUUCAGAAAUAAGCUCUAGGAUUUAAUGUAGAAGCGCAGGGAAAAACAAAUUAAUUUAAAUAAUGUUGACAAUUAGGCAAAUAUAGAAAAAAACUUAACAAUAUAGGCAACAGUCCUACUUCAUCAUAUCAACUAAAAGUUCUAAUAGUAGCAGUAAUUAUAAGAUGAAGUUAUUGAUUCUUAGCUUAUAUCACCCAAGAUUAAUAUGGAUGUCUAGCUACCCAAAACUGGAUUCUUGAAUUAGCGUUCCGCAACUAAAGAGACUAUCAGAAGGUACAGAAAUUCUCCUCCUGUAAAUGAAACUGAAAUGAAAUCUACAUACUCUCAGAGUAAAUACAAUUCAAAGGUUUUUGCAAAUAAACAAGAAUCAAGAAAUAUAACACUUGAUAAAAGUAAUUUAACAAAUCUUCCUGAAAGUCACAAUCAUGGAGGGUUUCUGAUGAUACCAAGCAAAUCAAGUGCUCCUUUUUCAACCAAAAAUCGUUACAUGAAAAACAAAUCAAGAUUUUCAAACAAAACUAUGGAGAUAUAGAAGGAGAGAAAAAGCAAUCUCAACGAUGUGUCUACUUUAAAUGAUAGUGAGUACUCAUUUGGAAAUCUUAAUCAAAGUGGUAUGAGAAUAAACAACAGCAAUUUCUAGAGUAAUAUCAACAUGAGUAAUAUAGGAAAGAUGAAUAAAACCGCUAUGUAUUCAACUUACCAUAUAAAUUAGCAGACUGCAAGAAAAGUUUUACAGGAUUAGUACAAUUUGCCAAAUGACAUCAAAUUUUUUAGAGACUCAAGAAAUAUGUUACUUCAGAAUCACCGUUUUAUUAAUGACACCAUGAUUUCUGGGAAAAAUAUCCUAUGA